UUCUUAUGUCUCUCAUGUGUGGACUUUCAAUGGAGAGUUUGUCAUCAAAACAUUUGUCAUGGGUUUUAUUAUUACUCUUGAUUCAAAUAUGUAAAUGCAAAGGUUGCAAUGAAGAAGAGAAGAUGGGUUUGCUUGAAUUCAAGGCCUUUCUAAAAUUGAAUAAUGAGAAAGCAGAUCUUCUUCUCCCUUCAUGGAUAGGUAACAACAUCAGUGAAUGUUGUAGUUGGGAGCGAGUUAUUUGUGAUCCUACCACAAGUCGAGUUAAGAAGCUUUCUCUCAACAACAUAAGGCAGCAACAAAUUCUCUUGGAAGACUAUGGUUGGUCAAAUUAUGAAAAUGACAAAUUCUGGUUACUAAAUACAUCUCUAUUCCUUCCUUUUGAAGAGCUUCAGGAUCUAAAUUUGUCUGCAAACUCAUUUGAUGGGUUUAUUAAGAAUGAAGAGUUAGCUAGUUUGAGAAACUUGGAAGCAUUAGAUCUAAGCUACAAUAAUUUGGAAAGCUUUCAACGAGUGCAAGAUUCAAAAAGCUUGUCCAUAUUGAAAAAGCUAGAGACCUUGAACCUUAAUCAGAACAAGUUCAAGAAUACUACUUUGCAGCAAUUGAAUACAUUCACAUCCCUUAAAAGUCUUUCUUUACAAUCCAACUAUUUGGAAGGACUCUUUCCUAUCCAAGGAUUACGUACUUUGGAAAACUUGGUGAUGUUAGACCUAAGCCUGAAUCAUCUCACUGGUAUGCAAGAUUCAAAAAGCUUGUCCAUAUUCAAAAAGCUAGAGACCUUGAACCUCAAUGACAACAUGUUCAAAAACACUAGCCUGAAACAAUUGAAUAUAUUCACAUCCCUUAGAAAUCUUUCUCUACAAUGGAACGAUGUUGGAAGAUUUUUUCCUAUCCAAGAAUUAUGCACUCUGGAAAACUUGGUGAUGUUGGACCUAAGUGGGAAUUUCUUGAUUGGCAUGCAAGGUUUUACAAGUUUGCCUAAGCUGAAAAAGCUGGAGAUCUUAAACCUUAGUUAUAAUCAGUUCAACAAGACCAAUAUAAAACAGUUGAGUGGAUUCACUUCCCUUAAAACGUUGGUUGUAAGCAACAACAAUAUUGAGGGAUUUUUUCCUUUCGAAGAUUUUGCAAGCUUAAGCAAUUUGGAGAUACUAGAUUUGAGUUAUAAUUCCUUAAGUGGGAUUAUUCCAUCAUCUAUAAGAUUGAUGUCUCAUCUCAAGUCUUUAUACCUGGUUGAAAAUAACCUCAAUGGUUCUUUACAAAAUCAAGGUUUCUGCCAAUUGAAUAAGCUUCAACAGCUAGAUCUUUCUUACAACUUAUUCCAAGGAGUCCUUCCUCCAUGUUUCAAUAAUUUGACAUCUCUGAGGUUAUUGGAUCUUUCUUAUAACCAAUUAUCAGGAAAUGUUUCUCCUUCUCUGUUGCCUAAUCUCACAUCCCUGGAGUACAUCAAUCUUAGUCAUAAUCAAUUUGAGGGUUCAUUCUCUAUCAGCUCUUUGGCUAAUCACUCCAAGCUUCAGGUGGUCAUACUUGGAAAUGAUAACAACAAAUUUGAGGUAGAAACUGAAUAUCCGGCUGGUUGGGUUCCCUUGUUUCAGUUGAAGGGUCUUGUGCUAUCCAGCUGUAAGCUCACCGGUGACCUUCCUGGUUUUCUUCAAUACCAAUUCAGGUUAGUGGGGGUUGAUCUCUCCCAUAAUAACUUGACAGGAAGUUUCCCCAAUUGGUUGCUUGAAAACAAUACGAGACUGGAAUUUCUACUCCUGAGGAAUAACUCUUUAAUGGGUCAACUACUUCCCCUGAGACCUAAUACUCGUAUCAGUUCAUUGGAUAUCUCACACAAUCAGUUGGAUGGACAACUUCAAGAAAAUGUGGCCCAUAUGAUUCCAAAUAUGGAAUAUCUAAAUUUAUCCAACAAUGGUUUUGAAGGUAUUCUCCCAUCCUCGAUAGCUGAAAUGAUUUCCUUAAGGGUGUUGGAUUUGUCUACCAAUAAUUUCUCAGGAGAAGUACCAAAGCAUUUGUUUGCAACAAAAGAUUUGAUGGUUCUAAAAUUAUCAAAUAAUAAAUUGCAUGGUGAAAUAUUUUCAAGGGACUUUAACUUGACUUGGUUGGAGAUUUUGCAUUUGGACAAUAAUCAGUUCACGGGAAUUCUAUCAAAUGUAAUCUCCAGAAGCUCUAGGUUGUGGGUGCUGGAUGUGAGCAACAACUACAUGUUAGGUGAAAUUCCAAGCCAGAUAGGUAACAUGACCUAUUUGACUACGCUGGUGUUGGGCAACAAUAGUUUUAAAGGCAAAUUACCACCUGAGAUUUCUCAAUUGCACAAGUUGGAGUUUCUUGACGUUUCUCAAAACGCUCUUUCGGGAUCUCUUCCUUCUUUGAAGAACCUGCUGAGUUUAAAGCAUCUACAUUUGCAAGGGAACAUGUUUAUAGGAUUAAUACCCAAAGAUUUUCUCAAUUCCUCAAAUCUAUUGACUUUGGAUAUGCGAGAUAAUAGGUUAUUUGGAAGUAUUCCCAAUUCAAUCUCUGCACUUUUGGAGUUAAGGAUUCUUUCACUAAGAGGAAACCUUUUCAGUGGUUUCAUUCCAAAUCAUCUUUGUCAUUUGACUGAAAUAAGCUUGAUGGAUCUUUCAAACAACUCUUUUUCAGGGCCAAUUCCCAAAUGCUUUGGCCUUAUCCAAUUUGGGGAGAUGAAAAAGGAGGACAACGUGUUUGGACAGUUCGUUAAAAUGACGUACAAAUGGAAUUCUCUUCUUGUAUAUGCAGGUUACUUGGUGAAAGAUUUGGGCCCCUCGAGUUUAGUGUAUAAUGAAAAAGAUGAAGUUGAGUUUAUCACUAAGAACAGGCGUGACUCCUACAAAGGUGGCAUCCUUGAAUUCAUGUCUGGAUUGGACUUAUCAUGUAACAACUUGACAGGCGAAAUACCUCAUGAACUUGGAAUGCUAAGUUCGAUUCGUGCAUUGAACUUGUCUCACAAUCAAUUGAAUGGCUCAAUUCCAAAGAGUUUCUCCAAUUUUUCUUUAAUAGAGAGCUUAGACCUUUCUUAUAAUAAUCUGGGUGGAGAAAUUCCUCUAGAGCUAGUUGAACUCAAUUUUUUAGCGGUGUUUAGUGUGGCUUACAACAACAUCUCUGGUAGAGUUCCAGAUACCAAAGCACAAUUUGGGACAUUUGAUGAAAGCAGCUAUGAAGGUAAUCCUUUUCUUUGUGGGGCACCAUUAAAGAGAAAAUGUAACACAAGUAUUGAGCCACCAUGCGCACCAUCUCAAUCUUUUGAAAGUGAGGCAAAAUGGUAUGAUAUCAAUCACGUUGUUUUCUUUGCAAGUUUUAUUACUUCAUAUAUCAUGAUCUUGUUAGGAUUUGCUACCAUCCUUUACAUCAAUCCUUAUUGGCGUCAUAGAUGGUUCAAUUUUAUUGAGGAAUGUAUGUAUUCCUGCUAUUAUUUUGCUUCUGAUAGUCUUUCCAAGUUAUUAGCAUAUUUGUAUAAUUAGAUACUUUUAGUUGGAUGAUGUUUGCAUGAUUAACUACUAUUUGUUUCCAUGGGAUAUAAAGAAAUGGGAUGUAUAAUUGCUAUGAGUUGAAACUUACAUACUUCACUCAAAUUUCAACAUCCUUUGCUUUUA